AUGAACGAAGUAAUAUUUUUGGUGUGCGGAUUUUGCGCUUUAGUUGCUGGCCAAAACAUAAUCAAUAAAAACGAUGUUAGUAAGAGGAGUACGUACGAUACCGACAAUAGCCAAGGAGGACAACUUAGCCAAGGAACAACUGUUCAAGGAACACUCGACCAAGGAAAACUUGACCAAGGAGGAUAUGAUCAAAGCGUGUACGGACAAGGUGUGGCACCAGAACAAGUAACACUGCAACACGACCAAGAUACGCUGCAAAACGAUCAAGGAACACAUGGAAAUGCAGUAACAGUAGAUCAAGGGACGGUCGACCAAAGCACAUAUGGACAAUCAGUGCAACUUAACCAAGUAACGCACGGCCAAGGAACAUAUGAACAAGCAGUUCCAGUAGAUCAAGGGAAACACGACCAAGGUGCAUAUGGACAAGCAAUACAGAUAAACCAAGGGACACACGACCAAGCUAUACACGUUCAAGGAUCGUACGAUUUGCAAGGCACUCAAGUCCAAGACGCACACAGUGAGAAUAUAUCAGACGGGCCCGCAAAAAUCCAAUACCAGGAGGUCGAAAAGGAGGUGGUCCAACCGUACCCGGUCGAAGUUGAGAAACGUGUACCGUACCCGGUAAAGGUCGAGGUGCCCGUCGACCGCCCCUACCCGGUUCACGUGCCCAAGCCAUACCCGGUGCCGGUAGAAAAGCCCGUCCCGUACGAAAUCAAAGUCGAUGUGCCGCAACCGUACACUGUCUACAAGCAAGUUCCGUAUGAAGUCAAGGUACCCGUCGACAAACCGUACACCGUCCACGUGCCCAAACCGUACACCGUUUUGGUCGAAAAGCGAGUACCUUACGAAGUCAUCAAACACGUACCUUACCACGUUGGUGUGUUCGUCGACAGACCAUACACAGUGUUUAUGCCCUACGAGAAGCACGUACCGUACGUGGUGGAAAGGCCGAUUCCAUACCCGAUCACCGUUCCAGUCGACCGGCCGUACCAGGUGAUCGUCGAGAAGCAUGUACCAUACACUGUUCAGAAACCCGUCCCGUACGUCGUGCACAAGUCCGUCCCGUACCAGGUAAAGGUCCCCCUAAAAAUCGAAGUCCCGGUACCGUACCAUACGGCUGGUACUCAAACGGAAAGGCCCUUUUCGUACGAGUCGUGGAGGCCCUACCGCAAUGAAUUCUCUGACAAAAAACCUGGACACUAUUUCGAAAAAGGUUUAAACCAUCAUGGUUAUGAUCAUAUAUUUUAA